GACUAAACAUCGACGUAGCGCGUGCCUCGUUCUCCGCGCGCGUUCAGGCAUCACCAGAAGAAGAACAGGCUCUCGCAGGAACGGCUGCAGUUCAUCGGUGCGAUAAACUCGUAUAGUCGUCGGAGCAUGGAUCCAACGCAACCGCCACCGGGCCUUCCACAGUCCAUGUCACCGCCGCAACUCGAUGAAAAUCAAUCACAGCUAGAUGGACAACAGCCGCAACCAGGUGAAGAGGUCCAGGUGCAGCCGGGUGAACAGGCGCCACCACCCCCGGGUGAACAGCCGCAGCAGCCGAGAGAAGAGCUCGUGCCGGACGGCCGCCACAGCUGGCAGGUGGCGGUGGCAGCGGCGUGGAACGUCUUCUGCUGCUCCCUGCUGCGUCGCGCCAUGCCGGUGAUGUUCCUCGCGGUGGGAGACGCGUUCGCCACCACCUCCAAAGGCGCGGUCGCCUGGAUGAACGCCUUCAUCUACAGCCUGGCAUACACGCUGUCGCCCGUUGUGACCGUUCAGUGCCGGACCAUGCCGCUGAAGGUUCUGUCCAUCGGAGGCGCCCUGUUGGUCGGCGUGGGCCAAAUAGUGUGCUUCGCCCUCGGCAGCCUUGCCCUUCUGGUGCCAGUGAUAGGACUCUGCUGCGGCCUUGGCGCCGCCGUGUCGAUGGUCGUCAACGAGACGGUCGUUCACCUCCACUUCGAGGCGGAGCGUCGCAAGGCCCUGUCCAUCUACCGGGCGGCCUUCUCGCUGUCGGCCAUCGCGUACCCCUUGGUGCUCGGGCUGCUCGUGAGCGAGUACGGACUGGACGGCGCGUUGCUCGUGACCGGCGCCAUAUCGCUCAACGCCCUGGCCGGCUCCCUCCUCAUGGCCAGGCCUCCGUGGAUGUCCCCGAGUGACCCCGUGCCAUCGAUACACCGGCCAGAGAACGCGGAUGCCCAGCCUGCGGCCGAAUUAGAGCAGGGCACCAAGGCAGACGCCUCCGAGAAGCCGGAUGCAUCCAAGAUGUCGGUGGCGGCCGAAGACCAGUCGAACGCGAUGAAUCCCGGACUGGUUUCGGGCGGCGUCUCGGGAGCAACGUCGGUCGAUCCCGGCACGAUGGGUACCACCGGAGGUGACGGCACGGCGGCCACCUCGGCAGCUCAGGCUGAUGGAGAGCAGGCCGCCGCGGUGCUCGAAGGCCAAGCCAACGCCGAUCAGCAGCCCGAGGGGGCCGCAGCGGAGCCGCCUAAGCUGGCGUCGCAUACCGGAGUCGGGGGGGCCGCUCUGGACAGUGCGGUGGCCAAAACACUGGCUGCACACGGCGCGCUCACGUCGCUGUCGGUCACGGCCGGCGCGCUCAUCUACGACUACGCCAUGGACGGGGACCCGGCGCGCUCUCGUUCGGCCACCCUCGCUUUGCUCUCGUACGGCGCUGGCGACCUGGUCGGACGCUUGUGUUACGAGGCCCUUCUUGGCGACGGCGAGCACCGGAAGGUGAUGGCGGUGCAGGCGUUCCUGCAGGGCGGCGUCCUCUUUCUCAUGGCGAUGACCAAUGAGGUGUUCCUGCUGGCGCCAGUCGGCUUCGGCCUGGGCGGCAUCAGCAGCGCGCUGGACCUGCUGCCCGUGCCGGUGCUGCAGCGCUACAGCGAACCGGACGCCGUGGAACGCCAGUUGGGAAUAUGCCGGGCCGCCUCGGGCAUCGGAUGCCUCCUCGGACCGGUGUUUGUCAUGGUGUUCCUGGACGGCGAGACGCAGUCCUACGCGAUCGUCUUCAUCUUGUCCGGGCUCUUCUCAAUUAUUGCCGGCACCCUCUGGCUCCCUGGUCUCAAGAAGGAGAUGGACGAGGCCAGAGGCAGGAUGACCUUCCCGCCGUCUGAAUACCCAAGAAAUGAACCACCAGCAGCUGAACCAGCAGCGGCUGAACCAGGUGCUGCUGAACCAGGAGUGGCCGAACUGUCACCGCCGCUGCCCGGAGCGCUCGCACCGGCCGUGGGCGAACCGGUUUCGGGUGGACCUUUUGCCGCGCCCGAUGCGGCAGAACCAGGCGCUUAAAUGCCAGCUGUGGAUCCGGCUCCGGCUUAGGAUGCGGGUCGACUCGUACCUGAUCGCUAGCGGCCCUUGUCUUUGUGUUUUUUUUUUUUAUUUUUUUCAUCGAUACGCGCACCGACAUAAUCUCCUCGUGCGCCUGCGCAGUGGGGUGCGUAAAUAUAAGAUACACGGCUUCACGUUGCCAUGACAACCACCCACGGGCAUGAUCAUGGCUACAUAGUUUUAUUCAUUUGCAAUGUUGUAAGCCCGCUCGACUACGGAUUUUUUUUUAUUUGGUCCUUUUCUUGGUAUGAACAUGGACGUAACCUCCCCGCUGGCCUGCCUGAUUUGGUUCGUGAAUAUGAAAUGCACGGCUAUGCGUUGCCGUGACAACAAUACACGGAUACUAUCCCGAAAAAAAAUGAAGUUUCAGGAGUGAAACACGCUCUCCUGUCGUUUUAUUUCCAACGAUGACUCAGGAUGCGAAAUAAAGUGCAAAUGUGGGUCGACUAGCCCAGCAAGGAAUAGCGAUUCUUUUUCUUCCCUUUCCAUCGAGAAGCACACGAAGGCAACCUCAAUCCCUGUGCCCCGGAGCACUCCCGUUUGCAAAUAUUGAAAUCCUCGGCUGUGUAUGUGUUAUUGCCGUGACGACCACGCACGGGUACAAUUCUGACAAGAGAUUUUCGCUGGUGACUGUUCCGUUGACCAGAGUGCAGGAUAAUCCUUCCCUUCAUUCUGUGGACCAGACCACAGCUCUCGUAAUGAGCCGUCGUAAUAUGUCCCAUGACGUUGUGCAAGAGCACGGCGCUCAUGGUUUGGAGGUCCCCAGUUCAACUCGUUUGUUCGAUCGACUUUCUUUUCCUUUGAAGUACUGCUGAUUCUUUGAAAUAAUGUUGCAUUAUUAAAGUUUCGAUACCGUUUGCAAAUUUUAAGGUCGAAAGCGCCGCAAUUCUGUUUUCAAACGCGUUGUAGGUGUCGGUGACAGGCGCGCUAUGUUUUACGGUGGCAACGGCCGUCAGCGGCCGGGGUACUCCCGUGACCGCUGUCACUCAGCGCGGGCGCAACAUAGAAGUUGGCGAGGAAAUUGCGAUCGCAUUAGCUUGCGCUGGAACGGACGCGAAAUUUGUGAUCAGUGACAGCAAAACUGCCAUACAAAAUUUUAGCAAGGGAAGGAUCUCGCCCUUAGCGGCCAGACUCCUAGGCCAGAGAAAGCUAGAUAGAAAAAUUCAAAUAAUUUGGACUCCGGCGCACGAAGCCGUCCCCGGCAACGAGGCGGCCCACGAGCUGGCUCGAGAUCUCUACCGCCGAGCCGCUACGGGGCCCCUCGAUGACCGAGGGAGCGGAGAGCGCAUGCUAAAAUAUGGGGAGAUCACGCAGCAUUAUAGAUUGGCUCGUAGACUGGUAUCCCCGCCAGACCCAAAAUUAAACACACAAGCAGUCGCGUGGAGACGACUACAAACUUAUACAUAUCCGCACCCGGUUAUGGCGAACCACAUGUUCCCCGAGGCCAGGAGCGAUAAAUGUAAUCUUUGUGGGGCGAGAG